AUGGCUACUCUUUCGUCUAUUAGUUUCAACUUCAUCUUCUUCCUCUCAACUUCUCUGCUAUUCAUCUCCACAAUAUCCACUCAUGAGUUCCGUGUCGGAGGACCGAGGGGAUGGACGCUGCCCACCGGUAACGAGUCAGAGACCUACAACCACUGGGCCACGAGAAACCGGUUCCAUGUUGGAGAUUCUUUGUAUUUCAAGUACGAGAAUGACUCAGUGCUGGUGGUGGAUCACGGAGACUACAACCACUGCAACACUUCAAAGCCACUUUUUAAGUUUAAUGAUGGCAACACCACGUUCAGGUUUGAUCGCUAUGGUUUCUUCUACUUCAUCAGUGGGGAGCCUGGCCGCUGCGAGGCCGGGGAGAGGAUGAUCGUACGUGUCAUGGUGCACCCAGAAGUGAUCAUUAGCCCGGGCCCGGGGCAUGCACCAUCUCCCCAGCCAGGUGGCGACCAGGGCACAGGUUCGGGCUCGGGCUCGGGCUCAGAUUCCGGCUCCGGCUCCGGCUCGGUGUCAGGCCCGCAGGGAUCACCAGGGUCGAAUGCCGCAUUCAAGACUGCUGCUGAAUCUUAUGCUAUCAUGGCAGCCCUUGGGGUUGCCUCAGUUAUUUUGUUGUUUGCUUAG